CUUACUUCACUUCCACUUGAUAUCGGCCUCUUAACAAGAAUAUCUGAAAUUGAUCUUAGGUGAAACCCAAUACCAGGAUUCACACCCGGGAGUCAUGGCCGUGGUGGCACUGAUGGUUUAACUGACGAAGUUAUGAAGCAGAUUGGUGAUUCUAUCACUACGUUCAAGUUCGGCUCUAGCAUUGUAAACUCAUGGCCACAAAGUUUUUCCCAUCUCAAUCGAUUGAAGGAAUUGGUGGUCGCUGGGGUUAACAUUCCAUACUGGCCACCUAGUGCAUGUCAUGGAUUUGAAAGGACGUUGACAAAACUUACCAUUGAGAAUCUUCCCGUAGGAUCCGUGCCGUACGCUAUUGCAACUCUCACACAUCUAGAAGAGCUUCAUCUUGAUAACCUUGAGUAUCCAUUCGGAGACGCAAGUUUGGUGUCACUCCCUUUUGAAGCAAUUGGUGGUUCUCUUAAGGUACUGAGUCUGAAGAAUGCCAGUCUUACAACGUUUCCCGAAAGCAUUCAGCAAUUACUUUCUCUGAACAGUUUGACCCUGGACGGCAACCAUCUUGAGUUUGUCAGCGAUGAGGCAAUAAAGCUCCUGCAGGUGGCCAACGUUACCAUGCUGGGUCUAAAGGACUGCGACCUGAAGCGAGUUCCGGGUGCGAUUUCUGACCUAAAAAAGCUCCAAGAGCUGCAUUUGUCAAACAACCUAAUUCGGAGCUUGGAGAGCACUGAUCUGCAGAAUCUGUUUGAACUUCGCGAACUUGACAUGAGCGGAAACCCUUUGCUCUACAUCUCGGACAACUCGCUUUGUGGACUGAACAGUCUUUUGAAUUUUAGCCUGGAGAAUACAUUCCUCACCGAGAUUUCCAGGGCAUUUAAAAACCUCAGAAAACUGGAACACCUGAGUCUAGUAAAUGCAAAAAUUGACUGCACGUGUGACAUGACCUGGGUGAAAUCCUGGAUGGACAAAUGCCAAGUCAACGAGAAACAUCUGGAGAUACUGGGUAACUGUGAGACGAUCAAUAGGGGCAUUACUGAUUACGCGAACCAUCACCUUACAAGUUGCCCUGGCUUCAACGUCGAUAACCAAGUCUUCAAAUGCACGGGCACGUGCGUGGUACAUGUGUCCGGAUAAUCGACGCCUCAAAGCCGUGCUU